AAAUGCCCGUUUCGGUCACAUCGGCACAGGGUGAGGACGCCACACUGACCACACAACGCAGGUGGCAGUUUCCCACGUUGCUCAGACUGAACGCAGGCGUAUCCACGCUGUGUCCACAGCAGUUGCGUAACCAAACACCAACUUACUCUGCAUGUGUGCGUGCAUAAAUCAGGGAGAGCAACAACAAGGUGGUAGCAGACAUUUGGGAGCUUGGAGCUGCAGGUUGUUUUCCACGUCUCAGGAUGGAAACGGACGGCUGGAAACGGACGGCGGCUCUGGUUGUGGUCGUGGUGUUGGUCGGCACGUGUGCAGAAGCUUUAUUUUCCAGACACAUGGAUGACUUCAUCGAGGCGGUGAAGCAGGUGGAGUACGGGUCGCCGGGAUCGGACCCGGUAGCCGUGGUGAGGACGCUCCGCCGGGCGGCCGGCCUCGACGACGCGUUCAUUCGGCAUUUCCUCGGCGACGCCGAUUCCGCCCAUCUUGAAAUGAAGGUGAAUGCGAACCUCUUUGCUUACAUCCGCGAGGUCGUGCCUCACCGGGUCUCUGAAGGCUCUCAAGAGGAAGGCGUGGUUCUGACUCCGGACGGCACCACCGUCGCCCUGGCGCCGCUCCUCCUGGGCAUCGAGGCGGGCUUUCUCCCCAAAUCCGCGGGCCGCCUGCGCACCCUGUACCAGCUCACUCUGGGCAAAGAUCUGGAAAGAUCUGCCGGCGCCCAGCAACUGGGACCGGACGGCUGCUGGGACAACGUCACGUCUCCGCGGGUCUUCACCCUCCUGGACCGCCCGUCCCUUCUCACCACGGCUCGGGUCAACGGCGCCGUGGACGGCGUUCUUCUGGGCAAGGAGGUCUCCACCAAACCCCGACGUCCCAUGAAGAUCAGCGGCCUGCUGGCAGAGUACUACAGCCGCCCGCUGGGGAGCGAGGGACUGGACGCCGCCCCCCCAGUCGUCAGCAGGCGUCGCAGGGAGAACUUCAAGCGGCUGCUGGUGGACCCUCAGGUGCUGGAGAGACAGCUGGUGAAGUCGGUGGAGCUGCAGCGGAGACUGAGGGGACGCCCGAAGAUGGACGUGAAGAAGAAGAAGCAGCUGACGGCUUUGGUGAAAGAGAGAAUGGAAGAGUUUGUCCACGAGUACCUGGAUUGCCCCCCCAUCAUCCCUCGCUGUAUGUGGGGUGCGGAGCCGUACAGAGGGACCCCCACCAACCUGUCCCUCCCUCUGUCCUUCAUGUACGUCCACCACACCCACACCCCCAGCCAGCCCUGUCUCACCUUCCAGCAGUGCUCCGCAGACAUGCGCUCCAUGCAGCGCUUCCACCAGGACGACAGGGGCUGGGACGACAUCGGAUACAGCUUCGUCGCCGGCUCUGAUGGGUCCGUCUACGAGGGCCGAGGCUGGGUCUGGCGGGGCGCCCACACCCUGGGGCACAACUCCAUCGGCUACGGGGUUUCCUUCAUCGGGGACUACGCCUCCACUCUGCCUUCCCAGCAUGCCAUGGGGCUGGUGAGGGACCGGCUGGCGUCCUGCGCUGUGGGGGGCGGGCGGCUGGUGGCCAACUUCACCCUGCAGGGGCACCGACAGGUGGUGGACACUUCCUGUCCCGGGGACGCCCUCUACAACGAGAUCAGGGGCUGGGGACACUACGGGGAGGCAAAGAAAUGAAAAGGGUCCGCUCGACAAGAGGAAGAGCCGAGAGAAUAAACCGGAAUAAUAAAUAAUAACCAAUAAAUAUUAGUCUCA